UCCCCCCGUCCUUUAUCCUCGUGUCUUUGGCUCGCUGCUCCGUGCUGCCCCAUGACUUCGAGGGCGAUGGCCCCAGGCUCCUCGUUCCUGCAUCCAGGCCGCAGCCGCCGCUCUCCCGCUGGACGUGGCCCCGCUCACCCGAUCUCCAGGGCCGCCCCGUGCACCGGAUCGGGUUCCCAGCUCCGGGAUCGCCUUACGAGCGGUGCCCAUCCAUAAUUCAGCACCGGCGGCGAGAUGCGGCGAGCGGGCAGGCGCGGCAGGCAGGCCCAGGAGGACUGCCCCAUGGAGAACGGCGUGGGGCGGGAGCCGGGGGUCCCCGAGCCGCCCCCCACCGAGGGCACCUCGGCCCCACGGCCGCCCCGCGCCCGCCCUCGCCUGGUGUUCCGCACGCAGCUGGCACACGGCAGCCCCACGGCGCGCAUCGAGGGCUUCACCAACGUCAAGGAGCUGUACGGGAAGAUCGCCGAGGUGUUCGGCAUCUCGCCCACCGAGGUGAGGGGCCGGGGCCGGAGGGUGACGCCGAUCCCGGGGCCGUCCCCAGCGGCGGUGACGGGGCGCUGGGGGCAGAUCCUCUUUUGCACGCUCAACACGCACAAAGUGGACAUGCAGAAGCUGCUGGGGGGGCAGAUCGGGCUGGAGGAUUUCAUCUUCGCCCACGUCCGCGGCGAAACCAAGGAGGUGGAGGUGACCAAGACCGAGGACGCGCUGGGGCUCACCAUCACGGACAACGGCGCUGGCUACGCCUUCAUCAAGCGAAUCAAGGAGGGGAGCAUCAUCAACCGCCUCCAGACGGUGUGCGUGGGCGACAGCAUCGAGGCCAUCAACGACCACACCAUCGUGGGCUGCCGGCACUACGAGGUGGCCCGCAUGCUGCGCGAGCUGCCCCGCGCACAGCCCUUCACCCUGCGCCUGGUGCAGCCCAAAAAGGCCUUCGACAUGAUCGGGCAGAGGACGCGGAGCAGCAGCAAGUGCCCGCCCGAGAGCUGCGUGUCCAGCGGGAAGGAGACGCUGCGGCUGCGUGCGCAGGGCCCGGCCAUGCUGCAGGAGGGGCCCAGCACCGUAGAGGAGGAGGCCGCGCGCCGCGUGGACGACCUUCUAGAGAGCUACAUGGGCAUCCGCGACUGCGAGCUGGCUGCGACCAUGGUGGAGAUGGCGAAGUGCAGCCCCGCUGCCGCCGCGCUCGCCUGCGCCCUCGACUCAGUGCUGGGAGAGUUCGCCUUCCCCCAGGAGUUCGUGGCCGAGGUGUGGGCAGCUGUCUGCAGCCCCUGCAGUGGGCAGGAGUAGCCGGGGGGCAGCCAGGUCCCCCCCUUCCAUGUUGC